CGUAUGUGUCAAUUAUUGUUGCAAUAUGGUUUUUACCUAACUUCUUUUUGGUCGCGACCAAAGGGAGUCUGGGUGAGUGCGCUAUAGAGAGGAUAAUCACCCAACAAUGCACAGCACCAUCCAAUCUCAAUCUUUUGGAACUCUUAUAAUUAAUGGCAUGCUACUGCGACGGCUCACACAUGACAGCUCGCAUACGGCAGCUUAACACUGCAACAAUAGACGAUACAUCACAAAUGCCGCUUUUCAGCCGUACCACCAACAAACCCUAUAAAAAACCUCUUCAUUAUCCAGAUAGAUGUCCUCUUCUCUUUUCUUCCCCAGAUUUGAUAUUCUCGUCGAUGGCUACAAUAGUUUAGAUAGGAAAAUCGAUUCAGUGUUAUCUGCUAUUCCGUGCCCGUUCCAGCUACAGGCACUGAUCUUCGGUUGUCCUAUUCACAACUUCAAAAAUCAGACUAUUUGGCAUCUACACCUGCUGUCACGGAGCGUGAGCGCCCGCUAUAUGCAUAGAAUGCUCGGUUAACUUGGCCUGUCUGAGUAGGGCAUUCACUGAACAUGGACGCUCGCUAGUGGCAUGACAUGUUUAAUCACUUCGACCUGUUUGGACAUAGGGCAGAAACUUCUCGCACACACUAGAUAUCUCAGCGCUGGCAGGC